CCACGCGUUGCCGGCUGGUUGGUUCCAAAAAUAAACAAACCCAAUUGGAGCAUUCUCGCUUGGAGCAAAAGCAAGAGGAUUUCCUGCAAUGAAUGGAUCCUGGAAACUCAUACUGCCCGUGGGCUUUGUGCUGUACUCGCUGCCAUUGUUCCUGCGGGUAAACGGCACAUCGGACUAUGUUAUCGACGAGGAGUUCCACAUUCCGCAGGGAUUGGCCUUUUGCCGCAAGGAAUUCGAUGUGUGGGAUCCCAAGAUAACAACAUUUCCGGGCCUCUAUCUGCUCGCCCUACUCCUGCAUCCUCUGAACCUGUGCACGGUGACGGGAUUGAGGAUGCUCAGCUUGGCGGGUGCCGGCAUCAAUAUUCUGCUGCUGUACAAGAUCAGGCGGCGCAUUCUGGCCGGCUCGGGUGGCAACUCGUAUGCAGCCCAUGAGGCUAUCACGAUGUCCGUGCUACCGCCGCUCUACUUCUUUAGCCACCUGUACUACACGGACACCCUGUCGCUGACCAUGGUGCUUCUGUUCUACAACUAUUGGCAGCAGGAGGCGCACCUGCCGGCAGCGGUCUUUGGGGCCGCCAGUGUGCUCAUGCGCCAGACGAACAUCGUGUGGGUCUGCAUGGCCACCGGAAUGACUGUGCUGGACACGUUGGUCAAUCAAUGCGCCCGAUCUGGACUCGUUCCCAAGGAAAAAGUUCGACUGAUGGGCAAAGAGUUGUGGAUUCAACUCUUCAGCAGCCCCCAAUUGCUGUGUAAUUGCAUCCUGAGCAUCUUGGCCAAGUGCUGUUUCUACGCUUCGAUCAUUCUGCCGUUCGUGGGAUUCCUGUUCAUCAAUGGUUCCAUUGUGGUGGGCGACAAGAGUGCACACGAGGCCAGUUUGCAUGUGCCGCAACUGCUCUACUUCGCCAUCUUUGCGGCUGGCUUUGGGAUAGCCAACACCAUACGACAGUUUCGUGCGGCAGCAGAAUUAAUCCGCAGGAAUCGCGUGCUGUCCCUAUUGGCGAUGCUGCUCAUACUGGUGGUGGUGCACCUAAACACCGAAGUGCAUCCCUACCUGCUGGCCGACAACAGACACUAUACAUUCUACGUGUGGAGCCGGCUUUAUGGACGGUUCUGGUGGUUCCGCUACGCCAUGGCGCCUGUUUAUUUGCUCUCUAUUUGCGUACUCUUUUGCGGACUGCGUCACAUGCCGGACAGCUUUAAGUUAAUGUUUCCACUUAGUCUUUUCCUGGUGCUGUGCUUCCAGCGACUCCUGGAGCUGCGCUACUUCCUAGUGCCGUACAUUCUGUUCCGGCUCAACACACGGCACACUCGCAAGGGUUACGCCGAGUGGUUGGAGCUUGGGGCUCACCUGCUCCUCAAUGUGGCCACGUUCUACGUGUACUUUACCAAGGAGUUUUACUGGAAAAAUUACCGCACUCCUCAAAGGAUCAUCUGGUAGUUCCUUUUAAACGGCAUUCCUAACAAAUUCAAAGAACUCAAUAACGUCUUGAGCAUUUAUAAAAUAAAUCAGUUCGACAUUUUCAA